UUGGUACAUGUAACAAACAUGUUUUGCAGACAGCUAUUACAAACAAAACCUUCGUCAUUACCGUUUGUUAUUCGCUUUAACAUAGAGAAGCUAUUCCCUUUGACCUAUUCCAAGAGAUUUUUUCAUACGAAGUAUAGAAGAAAGAAAAGUUAUGUUGUAAACCAUACUAAUAAUGAAGCAACUGUUAAACCGGCUAUUGUUGAUAUGAGUUUUAACUCUUUUGUCUCGAAUGAAUCAGAAAGCGAACGAGCAUCACAUUUUGAAACUAUUUCAGAGCUUAAUAAGAAAAUAAGUGAAUUAACGAGGGAUUUGAAUGUGGUAAGGCAAGAGAUAGAUUCAGAUUCUGAGAAAAUUGGAAAUCAAGAAAUUGCAAAAAAGAAUUACUUAACUGGAACACCAGACAAGUCCAUUAAAGUGAGCAGUGUUCACUGUGGGGGUUGCGGUGCCUUACUCCACUGUCAGGAUGUGAUGGUACCAGGUUACAUGCCAAGUGAGGUGUUCAAAGAUUUAUCAGUGGAAGAAUUAAAAGAAUCCAAAUGUCAAAAAUGUCACAAAAUGCAGCAUCAAGGUAUGAUGUUCAACAUUAGAGCAAGUGAUGAAAAGGUUCUCGAAAUAAUGAGAAAGAUCUGCUCUGAAAGAUGUUUGGUGUUGUUAGUGAUUGAUUUGUUUGAUAUCGAAAACAGCAUUCCGGACAUUUUCUCACAGAUGUUAACUGAAAGGACGCCUAUUUACGUGAUAGGAAACAAAGUCGAUAUAAUUCCUCAGGAUCAGCCUGAUUAUUUAGACUCUGUAGAAGAAACUCUCAUUUCUGCUUGCAAGAGAAGAGGUCUUAAUAGACAUAAUGUGAAAGAGGUUUCCUUGAUAAGUGCAAAAACGGGAUAUGGAGUAGAAAAAUUAAUAUCAUCACUUCUUCUGAAUUGGGGUAUGAGAGGUAAUGUGUACAUGAUUGGCACUGCUAACAGUGGAAAGUCUACUCUGUACAACAGUUUUCUUCAUUCAGACUACUGUUACUAUAAAGUCAGGGAUGUCAUCCCCAAAGCCACUGUGUCUGUGUGGCCAGGAACAACUAUCAACAUUCUGAAGUUUCCCAUCAUGAAUUCUAAAACAAACUGGUUGAUGAAAAUGAGACAAAAAAGACUUUUGGAAACUCAAGUAAAAGAGAUUCUUCGACACAAGAAGAUGAAAGAGGAGAUCAAAAAACAAAAGAAAUUAGUAGCAUCAUCAGUUAUAACCACUUUACAUGGAAAAGUAGAAAAAACAGAUUUUACAAACGAUGCAGAAAAAAGGGCUCUGUACUCAGGAUUUAAUCUCAUGGCGUAUGAAUACAAAGAGGACAAAGUACGAACCAAUGAUGGGAAAGAGUUCAUCAUGGAAACUCCAAUGAAGUAUGAUGAGAGGGAUUAUAAAGACUCUAGAUUCUUGUGCGAUACUCCUGGCCUUUUGUGUGACAAUCAGAUCCACACAGAGCUGACACCUGAGGAACUGAAGCUCAUCAUACCUACUCGUAAGAUUGUUCCCCAUUGUUAUUUACUGAAGCUGGACCAUACUGUUUUCAUCACUGGAUUAGGAAGGAUUGACUAUGUAGAGGGGAACCAGGAUGUGAUGUUGGUGAUUUUUAUCAAUUCUAAGCUUCCUGUGUAUGUGAUGCCUAGUCAUGAAGCAGAAGAGUUCUACUGCAACAACAUUGGGACAGAUGUACUUGGAGUUCCUCUUGGUGAUGAAUUAAGGCUAGCAAAGCUUCCACCACUGAAGAGUGAAGAUAUUCGGAUCCACCUCCAGGACCACCCUCAGAAAUUGGCUGCCCUUGACAUACAACUCUCCUCCUUAGGUUGGGUGUCAGUGAUUGGAAUGUCACGGGGAUUUGAGAUAGACAUUGAUGUCACACUGAGAGUGUACACCCCAGGUGCUCUUGGGAUUUACCAAAGACCCCCAAUGUUGGAGGAAGCCCAUGCUUUCCAUAGAAAAAGGAUGGGAAAUUCAUUCAAAUACAGACGGAACAAAUCUAAACUUCUGCUUUCAAAGGGAGAACGCUUAUGAUGAGAUGGGAGU